AUGUUGUUGGACUUCGCUAAGGCUUUCGGGUUGGUGAUUGUAAACUCUAUAUUUCCGAAGAGGAAUGAGCAUUUGGUUACUUUUCAGAAUGCGGUAGCGAAGACUCAGAUUGACUAUCUCCUCCUCAUGAGGUGUGACAGCGGGCUGUGCAAGGACUGCAAGGUAAUUCCACAUGAGACACUCGCGACGCAGCAUAGACUAUUGAUGAUAGACGUUGGUAUUAGGUUAAAGAGGAGGAAACGGACUGCUCAGGGAACACCGAGAAUCAGCAAUGGGGACGCAAACACUAUGUGGUCAGCAACAUCAGACUAUAUAAGGGCGUCUGCAAGAGAGGUAUUAGGGUCUCGACCGGUGUCUCUGGUGGGCAUAAAGGAGACUGGUGGUGGAAUGAAGUGGUCCAAGGUAAGUGGAAGCGAAGAAAGCAGCAUAUAUGAAGCUAGUGGGGAGCAUAGGUGA